AUGAUCUUCACUACCCUCAGCGUCCUCUCGCUCGCCGCUGCCUCGCUUGCAGGCGGCGUUGUCUCGCCGGACCCGACUGGCCAGAUUCGUUGCCAAAUCACCUGGACGCCGGUCGGCCAGCCAAGCUUCGUCGAGGCUCAGAUUACGCUUACCAAGGAUGGCGCUUACGCUGCAGAGGGUGGCCAAGGCCUCUCGCGCAUGACGGUCGCGGCUCCCACUGGUAUGGGCAUCCCGAUCACCUUUACGCCUGCCGUGAGUGCGGUCGGUCCCAAGAACAUCAUCAUGUACACUCUGUCCAGCGCCAAGGCCGAGAUCGACUUUACGCUCUUCUGGGACGGUGACUCGAUCGUCAAGUACGACUUCACCAAGGGUAUGUUCGGCGGCAAAGACGCAAAAGGCACCGCCUUUGGUCUCGGCUGUCUCGGCGUCAGCGUGCCCAACCUUGCCGGUCGCACCUAG